AAAACAAAUCACUCUCUUUCUUUCUUGCUUUGUUCCAAUUCAAUUCAACUCUACAGAAUCACAAUUUCUUAAAAAAAAAAAAAAAAUCAAUUCUUCUAACCAUUAUUCAACGCUUUGAGGUUCCAUUGAAUAAGGGUUUGUGUUCAAUUCAAACUCCAUAAUGGAGGUAUUUAAAAGGGCCAUAUUACAACCGGGGCCACCUGAAAGUUUUGCUUUGCAGACUGUUCAAGAAGUAAUACAGCCUCAGAGACAAACAAAAUUGGCCCAAGAUGAGAACCAAUCCCUAGAAAACAUUCUACGGCUAUUACUUCAGGAAUUCGUGUCGGCAGCAGUACAGUGUGGGGAGGAAGUAAUGCAAUACGGGCAAUCAAUUGAUGCUAAUGAAACUACCCAAGGCCACAUUCCUCGUCUUCUUGAUAUAGUGCUAUAUCUGUGUGAGAAGGAACACAUUGAAGGUGGAAUGAUUUUUCAGUUGUUGGAAGAUUUGACAGAAAUGUCUACAAUGAAAAACUGCAAGGAUAUUUUUGGCUAUAUAGAGAGUAAACAAGAUAUAUUGGGAAAGCAAGAACUUUUUGCUCGAGGAAAACUUGUGAUGCUGAGAACCUGUAAUCAACUGCUUCGCCGUCUUUCAAAGGCAAAUGAUGUGGUCUUUUGCGGAAGAAUUCUCAUGUUUCUGGCUCAUUUCUUUCCAUUAUCAGAGCGAUCUGCCUUAAAUAUCAAGGGUGUCUUUAACACAUCAAAUGAAACAAAAUAUGAGAAAGAACCUGUAGAAGGCAUAUGCAUUGAUUUCAAUUUUUAUGAAACUUUUUGGGGCUUACAGGAGUAUUUUUCUAACCCUGCUCCUAUAAUUCACUCUACAUUUAAGUGGAAAAAGUUCACCUCCAGCUUGUUGGUUGUACUGAAUACAUUUGAAGCACAACCUUUAAGUGACGAAGAGGGAGAUGCUAAUAAUUUGGAAGAAGAGGCAGUUAACUUUAGUAUAAAAUAUCUCACAAGCAGUAAACUUAUGGGUCUAGAGUUGAAGGAUCCAAGUUUUCGACGUCAUGUUCUUGUGCAGUGUCUGAUAUUGUUUAAUUAUUUGAAGGCCCCUGGAAAAGGUGACAAGGAUCUGCCAUCUGAAACCAUGAAAGAUGAGAUCACAUCAUGUGAAGAGCGUGUUAAAAAACUUAUUGAACUGACUCCACCCAAAGGGAAAGAGUUCCUUCACAAAAUUGAGCAUAUAUUAGAACGAGAAAAGAAUUGGGUGUGGUGGAAACGUGAUGGCUGCCCACCAUAUGAAAAACAAGCUACAGAGAAGAAAGCGGUACCAGAUGGCUCGAAGAAACGUAAGCCAAGAUGGAGAUUGGGUAACAAAGAACUGUCUCAGUUGUGGAAGUGGGCAGAUCAAAAUCCGAAUGCUUUAACUGAUCCUCAGCGUGUUCAAACACCUUCAAUUCUGGAGUACUGGAAACCCUUGGCUGAAGAUAUGGAUCCUUCUGCUGGAAUAGAAGCUGAAUACCACCACAAGAAUAACCGGGUUUAUUGUUGGAAAGGUCUUCGUCUUUCAGCACGGCAGGACUUGGAGGGUUUUUCUAAGUUUACUGAAUAUGGAAUUGAAGGGGUUGUACCACUAGAACUUUUGCCGUCUGAUGUCCAAUCUAAAUACCAAGCUAAACCAAAUGACAGAAGUAAACGUGGUAAAAAGGAAGAGGCAAAGAAAGCUGCUAAUCAAGUUGAAGAAAAUCAGACUGCUACACCUUCAAUUGAGAUAGAUGGUGGUGAAGGCAUUAGAGCAGAUAGCACAGCAACACCUAUGGAAUUUGACGCUGCUGCUCUCCCUGGUGGAACCUCAACUUCUGAUGAACUUCAGAAGAAUGGCUCAGAUACUGAUAUCGGUCAGGAAGCAGGUCAAUUGGAAGCGGAUGCUGAAGUUGAAGAUGGAAUCAUAGAUGAGACUGAUGCUGAUGCUGAUGCUGAUGCUGAUUUAGAUGCAGUUGGCUAAGAGGAUUUCACAGAUUUACAUGCUAAGGAUAAAGUAACAUUAGAAUAGUGGAUGCUAGCAUCCAUUUUAGCGACAAAGGUAGCUGCAUGUAUGCAACAUUCUUCCCAUUAGGUCAAAUUAACGCAUAUUAUUUUAUUUAAAAAGACAGAUGGAAAUCAUGAAUUUUUGUAUAACAUCAAUUGAAAUUGAUUCUCUUAAUGAAGAGUGGCAAUAUGAAUAUUUGUACUUGUAUCGGAAAAAA